CUCCCGGACGCGCGAGCGCGAUCGUCCCGCCGUCCAGGUGAGGUACAAGACAUGCUCCUAAUGUGGGCAUAAAGCGUGGUCAAAGAGAAAUAAACUGUCCAACUCAAACCCGUGUAAACAUUUUCUUUCAUUUGUCGAGUAUCACCGUUGAAAGGUGGAGAAGUAAAAGUUGUGGCAGUUUCUGUGGAACCACCAUCCCCUCAUACUAGGCAAAGCAAGACAGCGGUCGGAGGACCAAAUCAGUGUUCAUACAAAGAAAUCAUUAUGUCUAGAAAACGUGCCUUUUCCGAAGAAAUUGGAGGCGCUACUGCAUUGAAGAGCCUACCAACUCCAAUCGGUUUAUUUGAAGAUGAAUGCGUUUUUUGUCAUUCAUUUAGAACGAGCCAGUUUCACGGGCCGAUGGUAUGUUACCUGAAGGGAAGAGUUGUGUCCAUUGACGAGUGCGACUCAUCAGAUGCCAUCUACGUCCAUAGGAAAUGUCUCGAGUGGGCUUCUGGAAUAUGGUUUAAGGGUGACAUUGUUAUGGACUUUAAGCCAGAAAUUACACGUGCUUCAAAACUGAGAUGCGCAAGAUGUGGACUCAAGGGAGCAGCCCUUGGUUGUUAUUACGGUCCUUGCCUCACAAGUUUUCACGUUCCAUGUGCAGUUCAGACAAUUGGUUGCCGCUGGGAUGGUGAUGGUUAUAUGCUGUGCCCUCAGCAUGUUUCAAAUGCUCUACCAUGUGAUAAGCAGGGCACAGAUACAAAGGAGAAUUACAAUGCUUCUUCUUUGCAUCAAAGCCAACAUACAGAUAAGAAAGGAAGUUUCGACGAUCAUAAUAGGGAAAAUGAACAAGCUGAUCAGCUCAACAUCUCAAACGCUUCCUUGCUGCCUCAGACUCGGAGCGAUUGUCACGAAGCAGAAUUUUGUACCAAUUUCUCAAGGGAUGGUGAACAAACGGAUCAGCUUAACUCUAGUCCAUACAUAGAAAGGGAACAAGUUUUUGACAGUCGUCGUCGAAGGAAAAAUGGACAAACAGAUCAUCUUGACAUUUCGACUCCUUGUGUGCCACACAACCAACAUUCUCAUCCAAAAGAAGAAAUAUCCACCGAUAGUUCGAGAGAUCAUCACCAGCAAAUAGAUCAGCUUCAGACUUCAAGAUCAUCCUUGCCACUGGGGGCCUGCCAAGGGGAGGAGAUGGAAUCAGAUCAGCCUGACGCAUCAAGCUGCCCUGCUGAUGAGUUAGUUUUGCUUGGUCUGUGUUUAAGUGUGGACGAGAAGGACUUCGUGCAAAAGUUUGCGUGUUGGACCAAGGCGACGCUGGCGGAGGAGUGGGCCGAGAAUGUGACCCAUGUCAUUGUGGGCAAAGGUGCUGGUAGUUCGUGGUGCAGGUCAUUUGAGGUGCUUAUGGCAAUACUGCUCGGGAAAUGGGUUGUUCGUUUCGAAUGGGUCGCGGACUGCUUGCAGCUGACUCCAGGUCCAGAGGCCUCCUAUGAAGUACUACUACUAGCAGCAUCCAGCAUCGAUUCACUCGGCGCGAACGACGGGCCGAAGCAGAGCAGAAUCCGGGCAACUGAAGGGUUGCAGGAACCGAAACUGUUUUCUGGGCUGUGUUUCUGCCUGAGCGACCUGAUGAGCCCUGGCAACAGAGGCCGCACGCGGGGCCUCAUAGCGGCCGGCGGCGGGCGGGUGCUGGACAAACGCGACCUGCGCCUUCUGCCGAAGAAGGAUCCGGAUCCUGACGGCCGCCGCUCUCCGUCUCCGGUGAACCCGAGGCCCUACUUCGUGUACGACGUCGAAGCGCCCGGAGGUGGUCGGUUCAGCGCGAGGCUGCUGCGGCGGGAGAUCGACGAGGCGAGGGAGCAGGCGGCGGCCGGGGCGCAGGUGAUCGGCCACCUCAGCGUGUUCGACGCCGUCGCGGCCUAUGACGCGGGGAUCCUGCUCGUGUGAGCGAUGCGGGCAUUGGGCCGGGGAUGUGUCUGGAGCUUGGACUUGCAUGGGCCGAUUGUUGGGCCGCCAGCACGUUGGGCCUCGACGUCGCUGGAGCUAAUUAUUUUGGACGGAUAUAUCUGACACCUAGAACUACCAAGCAUGUUCGGUUAGCUCUCAAUUCAUGUAGAUUAAAUGGAAUUAGAAAAAAUUAAGAAGUUUGGUUUGUUUAGGAUUUAACCGAACAAAGUCUAACGUAACUUGUGGUGGUAGUGUGUUAUUAUUUA